AUGGAAGCUUAUAAAGAGUCAUUGAAAAAGACAACUGUCUCUGUGGAAGAAACGGUUCAGUCGAUUUCAGAAGUAACAAACACAGUGGAAAAGCUACAGAAAGAAAUCCGAUCAUUCAAGUCCGUUGACGUCAAGAGCAGCGGUUUAUAUACAAGAUGGGGUCGGCGGUCGUGCCCUGGAACCACGGAGAUGGUGUACGAAGGGUUUGCUGGCGGGGGAGAUCACAGUCACCAAGGGGCGAGCAGUAAUUACAUUUGUCUGCCGCUGGACCCAAUCUUUGAUGACCGUGGACGUAAAGCGAGGUCCGUUAGCAAGGUUUAUGGUGCUGAGUAUGAAACAAAUUCUGCCACGUUUCACACGGAUUUACAUAACGAGGAUGUUCCAUGUGUCGUCUGCCGCGUUGUUGGAAAAAGCGUUGUCAUGAUCCCAGCGAGGAAUGCCUGUUAUAGCGGGUGGCAUAAAGAGUACGCUGGUUAUUUGAUGUCGACUCAUUCCAGCCAUCCUGGGAACAAGGAGCUCGUUUGCAUGGACGGAAACCCUGAAAAAGCUUAA